AUGUGGAAAGGUAUUGAGGGCUCCAGCAAGGAGAUAUGGAAGGUAGGUAACAUUUCUGUCUUUUAAUUUGAGAGAUUAUCACCCCCCCCCCUCUCCUCCUCCCCCCCCCCCUGGAAGAGAUGUACUUUAGUAUAAGAGCUUAGAGAGUCCUGUAAAAUAAAUUAACUAAUGUACUUAUUUUUAUGUUUAUCCCCCAGAAUAGAUGUCAGGUGCUUACCUGGGUAUUUGAGCUUGGAGAGAAAUCUGUGAGAUAAUGGCUUAUUAUUAACUGUUGAUCCUCAGGAGAGAUGUCAGGUGUUUACCUGGAUAGAUGAGCUCGGGGAGUCCCAUGAGCUGAUCCGGCCCCCUGAGGAGAUCAAGAGACGUCUCCCCGAGAUGAUGCUGCACAACUGUAUGACGGACAUUCGAAGUUCUGGUGUCCAGACCCCACCGGCCCUCUCAGAAAAUGCACUCGAACUCAUC